UGAAAAAAACUGGCUUCGGGGAUCGUCAUUAUUGUCUCUUUCAAUUAAAGAGUUUCACAGCGCGUAAAUCGAAGAAAAAUGAAAACAAAAUGAAUCUAUUCUAAGACAAGAUAAACAAUAUGGAGCCUAGAUUUUAAGCCUAGAUCUAGUAUCAUCUAGGACUCUAGGUGCAGGUAGGAUGAGGGCUCAGUGCUGUAUUUGCUCAGAUCUGUUUGAAAAUUCACCAAGUGUGAACAUUGCUGCAGCACCAUGUGGUCACACGUUCCACGAGGCUUGCUUAAUGCGUUGGAUGGAAAAUUCCUCCACCUGUCCCAGUUGCCGAACACCUGUUAAGAGAAAUCUAAUAAUUAAACGUUUAUUCUUUGACUCUGCUGAUGACCAUACACAAGAUGAUGACACAGACAGACUAUUAAACCAACUUGGCAACCUUAAAGCUCAACUGAGUGAAAAAGAAAAAAAAGAGUCAGAGCUGAAAGAGUCUAGAGAUUUGUAUAGGCAUCAACUGUCAGCUUCAGAGUCUCUGUGUGCUGAACUAACAACAAAAUUGAACCAAAAGCAUGAUCAGAUUGAUAUGCUUCAGAAGACUCUUGCUUAUACACAGAAAGAAAAUGCAGCUUAUUUGGAAGAAAUGAAAGAGUUUCACAAGACAAGGAAAAAACUUUUGGAUCUAGAAACUAUUGACUCAAUGUUAAAAGGCUGUGAUCCAGAGAUCAGAGAUAUUGUAAGACAGUACAAUGAUGGUGGAGAGUCUUCUGUUAAAACUUUAGCUAGUAUGUUAACAGUAUUAAGACAAGAAUAUAAUAAGGUCCUGAGUGACAAGAAAGGGCUGCUGACCAAGGUGUCCACAUUACAGAAGAAAGUUGGACAUUACCAUGCUGCUGCCAAAAGUUAUAGAGAAAAAGAGCUGGAGCUGAAGGCAGAGCUGGAGAAGGCCUAUGAAAGUCUGACAAAAUCAGAAAAAGAAAACAAUGAAAAGAGAAGGAAACUUGUUCACCUGCGCAAUGCUCUGCGCUAUAAUAAAACAGAAGGCAGCCAAAGCUUUCACCAAGCUUUGAAUGAGGACAGCCCCAAUGUGGCAUUCACGCCUCCUCCUUCAGCCAGCUCUGAUGAUCUGGACCUCACUCCUCCCCAAGUUCCAGAGAUACCACAGAGUCCUGACCUAUUUGACAGCCCAGCAUCUCCCCCGCCAUCACACAGAACGGGAGACUUUGAAACCCCCAAGUUGAAAUUUUUCAAAGUUCCUACAGCCAAGGAAAAGUUUCAGGCAGCCAAAAAGGCAAAGAUUGAAAAUGAGGAUGCCCCUAAAAUACCAUCAACUUUUUAUUCCAUCAUGCAGAAAAAAGUGACAGGUGUGUCGAACUCUCGUGCACAUGUGCCAUCUGUUAUUACUCGUGGCUAUGACGGAUUUGGGGGUUCAACUAACUUUGUUCAACCUCUAGGUCCUCCCAAAUCACAGAUUCAAAAGAAGCUACACUGCGUUAAACUAAAGAAAGCUCACUCAGGUCCACCCAAUUUACUGAACAACCAGAGACUUCUAAAAGAUUGUGUUCAGAAUGUGCCUAUGUCUUUGUCACUUGGCGCUACCAUUGACAAUGAAACUUCAACAAGCAAGGAAUCAUCAUGCUGCACAUCAUUACCUGGUAAAGAACAAGUGAAAGCCAAGAGUGGGUUUUUGUAUAACAAGAUGUCCUUCACAUCUUCUAGGCAUAUACUUUCCUCAGUUCCUAAAUUGACUUCUGACAAUGACAUAAUUGAUUUGACAUGACAUACAGUGUUACAGAAUUCUUGUGUCUAUGUUAUGAUUAAUGUGUUUUCAUGAUAGCUUAUUUAUAAUUCAACUUCACUUUAUGAUCUAUCUUUAAACUGUAGGAUACAACAUUUACAUUCAUUUCUCAAUUGAAAAUAUAUUCAGUACUCAUCUUCUAGCAAUUUUACAUUAUUUAAAAAAGAAAGUCUAUGAGGAAAUUUGUUUGUAUUUUCUACCAUGAGUAAAUUUUUUUUUUCAAACUGUUGUUCCAUUUUCAUUACUGUAGUAUAUUUACUUAAUUAUAUAUAUUUGCUUAGUUUUCAUAAUUUUUAGAUUAACGGUAAUUUCUUUUUUAACAAUUAUUCUAAUUGAUCCAAUGAUUCAUUUUAUUUUGAUUGUAAAUUAAAAUAUCUUAAACUUUAAUAAAGAGUAUGUGUCAGCAAAACAGUGCCAAUAAUGCUAAAUAUUUACAAUUCUGUAGGGGUAGUGUUUUGGAGUUUAUAUAUUGGUUUUGGUCAUGGCAUCUCAGUGUGUUAAUCAUCAAUACAGGUAGUCCUCUCUAAACAACAGAAUCCUGUUUUAACACCCCUUUUAAACAAGUCUGAAAAUAGGAUUAGGUAUUUUUAUCCUUGUUACAAGGAUAUACCGCUGUUAUUUGGGCAUGUUUGUGAUAUGCAGAUAAUUGUUGCACCGCGUAUCAUCGAUUAGAACAUCUUUCUUUUACCAUAAAUUAUAAAAUGAUAGCUUUUAUAUAGCGCUACUUUCAUGCUUAUAGCAUGCUCAGAGCGCUAUGGUCCAAUCUCAUUUGUGGGGGAGGGGUUAUCUGGGAGAAGGUUUUUCAGUGCUGCCUUUAGGUGCUCAGUAAACACAACUCUGGUCAAGUUGGGUGUCGAACUUUGAGCCCCCUUCAUAGGUAGCCAAGUUCAAGCGUACUUAGCCUCUCGACCACACUUCGCACCUUAUACCAUGUGCAGCAUUCUGUACAGUAGCUAACAUUUAAAUUAAACAUGUAUGUAGAAUGUAUACAUUAUUUACUUUUUCUAUGCUUCCACACAAACUGUCUUUGUAACCUUGUUUUUUAGCAACCCCGAAAGGGGAAAAGACGCUAUUAGUUUUGUGUGGCCUGUCUGUCCAUCCGUCCCGUUUAGAUCUCAGAAACUAGAAGCGAAAAUGAAAUUCGGACAUCAUGAUAUUUCAGAUCAUUCAAAGUUCUGAUGCAACAGCUACUUUUUUCUUUUCUGAAAGCGAAAAAUCUUAUUUUUUA